AUGUCUCUAAGUCGAACCAUCAAGCUACACUUGGCUCCAUAUUCUUCUUCUUCAUCUUCUUCCCACCUUACCCUUAACUACAACCACCAUCAUGCAAAAAAUGUAACAACUUUCGAAACUUGUCCCAAAAAUACCAAGAUUCGUCCCAAGUCCAUUUAUACGACCAAUCCUUUGAUCAUCCCCUCGUGUAGAGUGAGGCCAAGAGUGCACUCUGGUGCCAUGAUCAAGAGUUCUUUGAUAGAGCCUGAUGGGGGGGCAUUGGCGGAUCUUGUGGUGCCUGAAGGUUCGAGGGGUGCUAAGAUCAUUGAGUUUGAGACGCUGCCCAAGGUGCUGCUCACAAGGAUUGAUCUUGAGUGGGUGCAUGUGGUGGGGGAAGGGUGGGCUAGUCCCUUGAGGGGGUUCAUGAGGGAGGAUGAGUAUCUUCAGAGUUUACAUUUCAAUUCCCUCAGGGUCAAGGAUGGUUCUGUGGUGAACAUGUCCCUUCCCAUUGUGUUGGCCAUUGACGAUGAGACCAAAGCGAGAAUUGGGUCCUCUUGUCAUGUGUCGUUGCUGGGCCCUGAUGGAGAUUCUGUUGCAAUUCUUCGCAGUGUGGAAAUCUACAAGCAUAACAAGGAAGAAAGAAUAGGUAGAACUUGGGGAACAACUGCUCCUGGAUUACCAUAUGUUGAGGAGGUGAUUACUCCAGCUGGAAAUUGGCUUAUUGGAGGAGAUUUGGAAGUGCUGAAGCCUAUCAAAUAUAAUGAUGGUCUUGACAACUACAGGCUCUCUCCCAAACAACUCCGAGAUGAAUUUGACAAGCGUGAAGCAGAUGCAGUUUUUGCCUUUCAGUUAAGAAACCCCGUGCACAAUGGUCACGCCUUGUUAAUGAAUGAUACUCGCAAGCGCCUACUGGAGAUGGGAUACAAAAAUCCAAUUUUAUUGCUUCAUCCUCUUGGAGGAUUCACAAAGGCUGAUGAUGUUCCCUUGGAUGUCAGGAUGGAGCAACAUAGCAAGGUCCUGGAAGAUGGAGUUCUUGAUCCUGAGACUACCAUAGUCGCCAUAUUUCCAUCACCAAUGCAUUAUGCUGGUCCAACUGAAGUGCAGUGGCAUGCCAAGGCACGCAUUAAUGCAGGUGCAAACUUCUACAUUGUUGGUCGUGAUCCAGCUGGUAUGGGUCACCCAACUGAGAAAAGGGAUUUGUAUGACCCUGAUCAUGGAAAGAAGGUGCUUAGCAUGGCUCCUGGCCUGGAGAAGCUUAACAUUUUGCCAUUCAGGGUAGCAGCUUAUGACACUAAGGAUAAUAAGAUGGCAUUUUUUGACCCAACCCGUGCUAAAGAUUUCCUCUUUAUAUCCGGAACCAAGAUGAGGGCUUUUGCGAAAAGUGGGGAGAAUCCACCGGAAGGUUUCAUGUGCCCAAGUGGGUGGAAGGUGCUAGUGAAGUACUAUGAAAGUUUGCAGGCAGAAGAGCCAUCACAACAGCCUAAAGUUGUACAUGAAGAAAAAGAAGAAGAAAGUAACCCGAAAAAGAAACUAAUAACAGUUGGACACAAAAACGCUGCGUUGCAGUUAGGGCGCGGUAGCAAGUGGGGUGAUACAAUGAGCACUCAAAGUGUUGAACAUGAUGCCAGUGUUGAUCUUGAAGGUGUUGUUUUACCAUCAAGUGGAAAUGCGAUGGGAGAUCCGGGUGAUGUUUACGGCAAAAUGCUCACAAGCCUUGAUUUCGGUGUGGCUUGUUUUUGUGAGAAAGUUUCCAACUUGAGCAUUUUUGUGAUGUAUGUGGAAACGAUGGAGUGUGAGUUUGAGGCCUUGGCUUUGGAGAAGGAGGAUCACAUUGGUUGUGUGGAAAAGGGUGUGGAGUUUGAUCUGUUGUCUGUGGUGUUGGAUUCAGAGAUGAGAGAGUUGGAGGGAGUCUUGAACACCCUUCAAGGUUGGGUUGGUGAGGCUAGAGAGUGGGUGUGUCCUGACUCUCGUUUGGAAGAGGCUUUUGUGGCAAUGGAAGAUAAGUUGGUUGAUUAUGAACAACAGUUGAAGGAGUCUGAAGUGGAGUUGAAUAACAUCAAGAUGAAGUCAGCUGAUUUCCAGAGGAGUUUGGCUUCUUUUAAGAAGACAGAAAAUGGCGAAAUCAUCGGAGAGGAUGAUAAAUCUUUUAAUGCAAAAGAAGAGAUAAAACUGCAGACAGUUGAGCAACAAAAACAUAUUCUUAGAGUGCUAGACAAAUCAUUGGCAAGAGAACUGGAUCUUGAGAAGGAUUUACAUGAUUCAAGAGAAAUUGGAGAAACACUAAAACUAAAGAUGUUCUUUACAGAACAAAAGCUUGUUGAAAUGGAGGAAGAAGCAAUUGAUGUUUGGGAAAGAUGGCUUGAGGCAGAGAAUGCAAGUGAGGUUCUGUUGGGAAUUUCAAAAGGCCUUUUAGGUAGACUCCACAUUUCUCAGUUCAGUUUGAAAGGUCUUAGUCAUUGUGAAUCUGAGCUUCGAGCUAAUCUCAAAGAUGCUGAAGAUAAACUAGCCCUUUCCAAUGCUGAGGUCUUCUCUUUAAGUGGCAAGGCAUCUUUACUUGAGAAGCAGCUAAAAGAAUCUGAAGUUCAACAAAUGAAUGCAAAAGCUUCUGCUGAUGAAUAUCAGAAGCAGUAUAAUGGUAUAUGUUCUGAAGCAAGAGACAUGAGGAGUAUCAUUGUUGAGAUGAGAGAAGCUGUAUCUAAUGCAGAAAGUAGGGCUAAUAGUGCAGAAAGAAACUGUAAGCUAUUGACGGAGACAAAUUCAAAACUUGACGAGGAGCUGGCUCUUUUGAGAGGCACAUCUAUGAGAGCAGAUUUUCUAGAGAGGAAGUUGAAAGAAUCUGCUAAAGCUAGUCAAGAAAAACAAAGUAAGUUGUAUGCCACAAUUAGAGAUAUGGAAACCGUGAUAAAGGAUCUUAAGUCAAAGGUUUUGAAAGCUGAGAGUAGGGCUGACAGUGCAGAGGACAAUUGUAUCAUAUUGUCUGAAUCCAAUGCUGAGUUGAAUGAGGAACUCAGCUUUUUGCGGAGUAGAUUGGAAAGCGUGGAGGGAUCCCUUCACCGAGAGGAGGAAGCAAAAACGGAAACUGCAAAGGACAUUGGAAAGCAGGCCAAAGUAUUCAAAAAAUUGGUUACUCAACUGGCUGUUGAGAGAGAGCGUCUUAAGCAGCAGUUUUCCUUUACCAGUGUGACAGGAGGAGUCACAGGACUUCAGAAACAAGUUAUGCAGCCGAUAAUGAAGUCAAACCCUCAGAUUCAGUAG